AUGCCAGUCUUUGAGGUAGAGACAGGAUAUCUUUUUGAAGGGCCCGAAGAGAUUUGUGUGUUUAGGAAAGCUCUAUCGAAUAACGAUGUUAUGACGUUGAAUUGGAAGUUAUGGGACCGGGUAGAGAAGAGCAGGGCUGGUGAGGAGUUGGUCGCGUGUGUCGCCUCGGCGUUCGCGGCGCGCACGGCGGGCGUGGCUCAACUCAACCGCGCACAAAGGGAAUCGAAACCGUACAAAGGCGAAAAUAAU